GAGAUAAGAGACCUUGUGUUUUUCUCUCAUCAUCUUCUCCAUCCAUUCAACCAUGUCUGCUUCACUUCUCCAACUCCCUCCUUUACAAUCACUAAAAAUCAGGUCAAAUUUCUUCAAUGGGGGUGCAUCAAUCCUCAACAAACCCACCACCACAGUCUCCAUUUCAACCACCACUCCAUCCAUUGCACCACUACAGAUUAGAGCAAUGAGAACUAUGCAAGGGAAAGUUGUUUGUUCAACAAAUGAUAAAACUGUUGCUGUUGAAGUUGUACGUUUAGCACCACAUCCAAAGUACAAGAGGAGAGUUAGGAUUAAGAAGAAGUUUCAAGCACAUGAUCCUGAGAAUCAAUUCAAAGUUGGUGAUUUUGUUCAGCUUGAAAAGAGUAGGCCUAUUAGUAAAACUAAAUCGUUUUUAGCUGUUGCUCUUCCACCUAAAAAUUCUGUUAGGACUUCACAUUUGGUGCCUAAAGAACUUGGGAUUCCACUUGAAGGAACUGCUGCUACCGAAUGAUUUGUAAUCUCUCUCAUUUUCUCUAUCUUUUUGUUUGUAAUUUUGUUAAGUUGUUUUUUGAAUUUCAGACUUUUAUGGUACUUUGUGUAGGUAUUUCAAUGUUUUAGGGUUUUAAUGUGAUAAUGUGGAUUGUUGGUUGUGAUUUAUGGUUGAAUUUGAUUGUGGGUUUUGAUUCUUAAGGUUUGGGGUUUUCAAAUUGUUAUUGGGUUAGUCGGUUUUGACCAAUUUUAGUUAUGUAGUUAAAAUGUUUGAGGAUUUGCU